UAGUGUCAGAUGGUCGGGAGGCGGAGGUUGGAGGAUGACUGGAGACAGGGGUCGAGGCUGCGGUGGGCUGUGAUCACACCACUGCGCUCCGGGCAGCAGAGCAAGACCCUGUCUCAAAAAGUAUAUAAAAGAAAAAAGGGCCGGGCUCGGUGGCUCGCGCCUGUAAUCCCAGCACUUUGGGAGGCCAAGGCGGGCGGAUCACCUGAGGUCAGAAGUUCGAGACCGGCUUGGCCAAUAUGGUGAAACCCCGUCCCAACUAACAAUUAGCUGGGCAUGAUGGUGGGUACCUGUCAUCCCAGCUACUUGGGAGGCUGAGGCAGGAUAAUCGCUUGAACCUGGGAGGCGUAGGUUGCAGUGAGCCGAGAUCGCGGCAUUCCCACUCCAACCUGGGCAACGGAAGGAGAUUCCGUCUCAAAAAAAGAAAAUGCACUGAAUAGAAAAAUAAAAGUAGGGCCGGGCACGGUGGCUCACGCCUGUAAUCCCAGCACUUUGGGAGGCCAAGGCGGGCGGAUCACCUGAGGUCAGAAGUUCGAGACCAGCCUGGCCAAUAUGGCGAAACCCCGUCUCUACUAACAAUUAGCUGACCAUGAUGGCACUAUGGAGUCAAAUCCCAGUACUUUGGAAGGCUGAGGCUGGAGGAUCACACAAGGCCAAGAGUUUGGGACCACCCUGGGCACCAUAGCAAGAUCUCAUUUCUGAAAAAGGAGUUAUUAUCCACUCUCACCCCAAAACAGCUGUCCAAACUUAACUGCGUUGGCAGUCAGGGCUCUGCCUGUACGGAGACCAUGGACAGCUCUCCAAAGCUUAAACUUCCGUGAAUUGACUCAAGUUUCUUCGGAAAGAACUGUUACAUGAAGAGAGGAUGAUAUCUCUAAAAGUGCGUGGGUUCAUCCAAAUUUGGAGCCGGCAGACUGGGAUGACUAAGUCGAAAGAAGCUCUCAUUGAAACCGUGCAAAGGAAAAAGGAAACUAAACUGGUGGUCACCUUCAAGUCUGGAAAACUCACAAGAAUUUUUCAGCUGAGUAAUAACAUUAGAAGUGUGGUCCUCAUCCGUCGUAAAAAAAGGAAAAGUCACCUGCGUUUAACUCUGAAAAACAACGUGUUCCUGUUUAUUGACAAAUUAUCCUACAAAGACGCUAAACAGUUGAAUACGUUCCUGGACAUAAUCCAUCAAAACAAAUUUCAACAACCCACGAAACCUGACGACGACUGGAGCGUGUUGGAAAGUAGGGACGUGCCGAAGGAGAUUGACAGAACUUCAUUUUACAUUUGUUACAAGCCAGGUUAUGGAAAAGGAGGCAAGACACCUUUCCCUCAGAAGAUGCCUUUGUUUAUGUCAAAAUCACCAGCAUGUGUGAAAAAGGGAUUAGUAGAAAGUCAAGGUGGGAAGAGGAAAGACACACUGUCAUCUGACCUAGACAUGAACGAGCACAUUCUGAAGGAACAUAACCUUGGAUCAAAUGAGAAAUAUAAGACAGAUCCCUUGAAGUAUACACAAAGCUAUGGGAAUGAUCCAUCGAGUUUAGAGGACUCGGAAAAAGGGAGAAGUUUGGAACCUGGGCCUCCAUUCAACUCCAGUGGAAAUCCUGACCUAGAUGAGACUCUUCUUGCAAUCCAGACUCUCGAGGCUGAACAUGGUUUGACAUUUCCAUUAGAACCCGAGCACAGCCGGGAUGACCCAAGAUGCCACGAAGCCCAGGUGCCCCCUGACCUUCUCUCAGAGCAACCGCAGCAAGGCUUCCCCAACCUGGGAAACACCUGUUACAUGAACGCAAUUUUACAGUCGCUGUUUGCGAUUCCGUCUUUCGCUGAUGACUUACUCACUCAAGAUGUCCCGUGGGAAUAUAUUCCCUUUGAGGCUCUUCUUAUGACCUUGACCCAGCUGCUUGCUUUGAAAGAUUUCUGCAGUACGGAGAUCAAGAAAGAAUUACUUGGGAACGUGAAAAAAGUCAUUUCGGCCGUCGCAGAAAUAUUUUCUGGCGACCUGCAGAAUGACGCUCAUGAGUUCUUAGGUCAAUGUUUAGACCAGCUGAAAGAGGACAUGGAGAACUUAAACGCCAUUCUGAAAACCGGGAGAGGCCGUGGGGACGGAAACUCCUCUCCGCAACUGCAUGUUGGUCACGCUGCCACCAGAGUCUUUGUUUGUCCCGUUGUUGCUAAUUUUGAGUUUGAAUUGCAACUCUCCAUUAUCUGCAAAGCCUGUGGUCAUGCUGUUCUCAAGGUAGAACCUAAUAAUUACCUCUCCAUCAACCUGCACCAAGAGACAAAAGCGCUUCCUACGUCCAUUCAGGAUUCUUUAGAUCUUUUCUUCAGAGAAGAAGAGCUUGAAUAUAACUGUGAGAUGUGUAAGCGCAAGAGUUGUGUUGCGAUGCACACGCUCAGCCGGCUCUCCAGGGUCCUCAUCGUUCAUCUGAAGCGCUACAGCUUCAACGACGCUUGGUUGCUGGCGAAGAAUAAUGAGCAAGUUUAUAUCCCCAAAUAUUUAAGCUUAUCUUCUUACUGCUACGAGGGCACCAAACAACCUCUUCCCUUGAGCAGUAACGCACCUUUGGGGAAAGGCGAAGUCCUGGACGUCUCUCGGGAGAUGGUCUCUGAGAGCACCAGCCCAUUAACAGCAUCAAUGAAGCUCACCUCGGAAUCCAGUGACUCCCUGGUUCUACCCAUGGAACCAGACAAGAAUUCUGACCUUCAAAGAUUCCAGAGAGGCCUUGGGGAAGCCAGCCAAGAGCAGCGUCAGAGAGACCUGGAAAAUGGCUCCACGCUAGAGUCAAAAUUGGUCAACUUUGGAGAUACGGCAUCCGGUGAAAAGAAGUGUCCAGUGGCUGACUCACUGAUGGAUCAGGGAGACCUUUCUCUUCCUGUGAUCUGUGAAGAUGGCGGUGAGCCAAUCAGCAGCCCGGACACAAGGCUUCUCGACUUCCACCUUCAAGAGAUGCCUCAACAUCCAGACCUUGAGAAGUGUGAGAACACCAACACAUUUGUAGAGUUACAUUUUGACAGCGUCACUGAGUCUACCGAUAGCUCUUAUGAGUGUAAGGAAAACAGGAUUCCAGAAGGAUCUCCAAGGAUGUCUGAACAGCUCCAGCAGUGUAUCGAGAAGAGCAUCAUAGAGGAACUUCUUCAGCAGGCACCACCUCCAGGUGUUCGGAAGCCGGAUGCCCAGGAACAUACAGAGGAGACCCUCAGUCUACCUACAGAAGCCAGACUUCAGAAGGCUGACCUGAAUCACCUGGGGGCAUUUGGUUCUGAUAACCCAGGAGACAAAGACAUUUUAGAUACAGAGAACGCAAGAGACAAAGUCCAGGAACUGACGAGGAACACGAAGGUGGGGGAUCCCCUCCAGGCCUACAGACUCAUCAGUGUUGUCAGCCAUAUUGGGAGCUCCCCAAAUUCAGGCCAUUACAUCAGCGAUGCAUAUGACUUUCAGAAGCAGGCCUGGUUCACGUACAAUGAUCUGUGUGUAUCAGAAAUCUCAGAGACCGAAAUGCAGGAGGCGAGGCUCCACUCUGGAUAUAUCUUCUUUUACAUGCACAGUGGGAUUUUUGAGGAGCUGCUAAGAAAGGCAGAGAACUCUCGGCUGCUUAGCGCGCAGGCAGAGGUGAUUCCUCAGGGGCAGUAAGAUGACUCUUUAUACAGACCUGCUUGACGGACUCACUGGGUCUCACUUCCUCCACGCAAGGAGAAUCCAGAAUGAAGGAACAAGUAUCUCAGGGUGAAAGCUCAAUGAAAAACACUUAUUUUGGGGGAAUUUAUCUAGAUCCCAGAACUCAGGCCCAUAUGCAUAUGUUCCCUACAAGAUUAGAAUGAUGCUUUUCAUGUUUUGACAUGAUCGUUCUCUUUUUUUUAAAAAAAAAAAAAAAAAAAGACAGGGUUUCACCAUGUUGGUCAGGCUGGUCUUGAACUCCCGACCUCAGGUGAUUCGCCCACCUUGGCCUCCAAAGUGCUUGGAUUACAGGCGUGAGCCACCACGCCUGGCCGACACGAUGGCUUUCAAAAUGUUCUUCAACCAGCAACAGCAGCAGCUAGGGACCGAUUAGAAAUGCAGAUUCUUGGGUCCCCUCCAGACCCACUGGCGCAGAAACAGGAGGUGUGGCUUAGCAAUCUGAUGGAGACUCAAGGGCUCCUGAAAGUUUGAAGAACACUGUUAACGCGUGGAGGGUCUUGGUGUAUUUUUAUCCUGUUGAUAUGAAUUGUUUAUGUCAUAUAAAUGAUUUUCACUGAAUGCUUUGCCUUUCUUUAUUUCGUCCCGCUGAACCUAGAGAAAUUCCAGCAGAGAAAUUCCAACAAAUGCAGGCCCAAAGCCCUUCUGAGAGCGGGCCGGUUGGGAUUCCAAAGAAAGAAGCACUAAACACUGGGGGGACCUGUCCAGAGCAUUUAUGAGGAGGAACUUAGUGCUGCAGUGUAUCUUCAGGGGGAUGGUGAGACAAAAAA